AUGCGCUUGGACCGCAUAAUGUGUCUUGAGGAUAUUAUCACCGUAUUCCGACAAGUAAAUGAGAGGAGCACGAUAGACGUGGAAGAGGACGAACAGUACGAGCAGCUACGUGAUCUUGAGCUUAGCGAUACAAUUCUCUUCGCUAGAGCUGCCGCUGAAUACUUCGCAAGAGUCAUGAAAAUGUGUACGAUUCCAACGCCAGAAAGCACAGUUCAACAUAAUCAGCAAGCGGACACGUCAGCAAGUUCAUCGUCUACCGAAGCCACCACAAUUCAAGCACGAGGAGACAGCUGUUGGACACUUGGUCCGCCGAUAUGUUCCGAAGUGAAGGGUCCAGAACUGUAUCCCAUACUGUUCGAACCGCCAAAACGACGAAUAUACGGGAAACUGGCGUCAAAUCCAUUCAAUAAACCAGCAAACACGCAGCCACCUGAACCA